GGCUCAGCUAAAUGGGACCUAAAUAUCUGUACCAUUAGUGCACAGUCCUAUUAGAGUAGUAAGGACCCCAAAAAAAUAUAUAUUCAGAUAAAACUAACAAUGAGAUAGCAAGAACUGUGAAAUCUCUAAUGAGUUGGCUGUAUGUGCAUUGGACGCUUUAGGUUGAUGAUGAAACAAACCCAAAAAGAUUUGAGUGCAUGGCCCUUUAUUUUCGGAAAAUCAAUAAGUUUUUUUUAUUCUACUUUAUAAAUUCCUUUAAUAUUAAUAUUAAGUUUUUUCAAUGUUAAAUUUUUACAAUUUAUGUUAAUAAAUUUUUUAUUAUUUUUAUUUGUUAUAGUAUUCCUGCAUAUUCUUAUAAUUUUACAAAUGGAAAUUGCAAUAAAAACAUUAAAAACAUAAGAAAUUGCUGUACCAAGAACAUAACUUUUCGAAGAUAGAGAGCCAUGCGAUCCUUUUGGGGCUGUUUUAUCAUUAAUCUAAAGCAUUGAAUACACAUGCAGCCAACGCACCAAUUGGCAAUUUCUCAGUUUUUGUUAUGUCUUAUAAGUUCGAUAGAUCGAUUAUUCAAGAUGAUGUAGUAGUAUUUCAAACUUCGAGUAGUUCUGUAACAAUUUUUGCUAUUUUAUAGAACAAAACAAACUAUAAUCAAAUUAUAAUUCAAAUUAAUUCUUUAAUGAUUAAAACCGAAGAGAAAUGGAAAGCAUCCGAUCUAAUAUACCAGAUAUUUCUCACUUUGAGAAGAAAUUUCGCGAAAUAAUUUAUGAACAUCGACAAAAUACAGUGAACAUCAUUUUUAUACUCUUUUAUACAAAAUUUAUAUCUGACAUAUUUUUAAAUCAAAAGAAAAAAAAAUCAAUAUGUAAAAGAAGUUAAAAUAACAUUUGUUGCAAUGAAUAUUUAAUAACAUUUUUUCAGAAGGAAUUGAAUAAUUUAGAAAAAGAAUGUUUAUUGUUACGCGAAGAACUUUGUUCGAAAGAUCAUCUAUUGCAAAAUGAACAAAAAAUAUCAAACGAAUUAAAAAUUCGUUUAAAAUUGGCAUCGGAAACGAUUGUUCGAUUGGAGAAGGAAAACAUGCAUAAUAAAAUCGAUUAUUCGAAUUUGUCAAUGAAUUAUGAAACCUUGCUUAAAGAGAGUGAUGUUUUAACGAAAGAAGCUCUAUCCUGCCAAACAGAAGCCGCGAAAGUGAAAUUAAAAAUCACAAGUUUGGAAAAUAUAUUACGGCGGGAAAUUUUACAAAAAGAGAAGCUAGAGCAAGCAUUAAUAAAACUAAAGAAUGAUUAUCAGAAAAUCACAGCUAAUAUUGAUAUCAAUAUUGCCAAGAUUGCAAAAGAACAGCAAUAUUUAUUAGAAAGUAGCAAAGCUGCAAUUCAAUUGAACAGACGAUUGCAAACUUUUGGUCUCUGUUCUCAUGCAAUUAAUGAAAGAAACAAAGCAAAUAUAAGAGAAUUACAACAUAAACUAACUGCUCUUUCUGUUAAUGAAUUCAAUAAAUUACCUAAUAAUAGUAUAUCAUUACAUCCAGAAAUGGAAAAUUUAUGUUUCAAGGUAUAUAGAUUAUAUCAUUCUUUUGCAUUAUUAGUAUCAUAAAAAGUUACAUAAUACUAAAAAUGUUUAACUAUAUGAUGUAUUGUAUUUAUGUUAUUAAUCUAUAUUUUUCAGCUGAAAGAAAUGUUAACAAACUUCGAAACAAAAAUGCAAGAUCCUGUACCAUUUGAAGAAAAAUUGGACAGAAUCUUCAACGAGAUGUCCACAAAUUUAACAUAAAUAUAACAAUAAUGAAAACAAUUCUAAUGAAUGAAGUUAAUCAAGUCGAUGAUUACCAACAUUUAUUUCAUUUCAGUUUCUCAAUACAUCUGAUAAGUAAUAGGUUUAUUUCGACUUGAUAAAAUAUUUCAAAAUAAAAUUACAUUGCUUAUUGUUAUAAAACAUGUUAAAAAAUUACUAAUAAUUUUUGUAUAUACAACACCAUCCUUGCAUUGAAGCAGUUUGAGAUUGUAAAGAAAAAAUUAGCCGUUAGUUCGUUGCCAUUUUCAAUUUGUUCCAUUUUGUUAAAAACUAAAACUGGAAGCUUUCCAGCGACCUCUCUAUUACAGUGGUUGACCAUGAAAGAAAAGUUUCUUAAAACGAAAAAAGAAAAAUAUUGUUCGUAUGCGACGCAUAGUUUCUUUUUUCUUUAAAUAGCACUACGUUUAUAUAUACUAGAUUUAAAAAAAAGUCACCGUCGACGCUGAGUCGUAAUUAUAUAAAUAAUAUCAAUAACAGUAUAAACGGAAUCGUGUAACAUUAUUAUUAUUAUCAUUAUUCGCAACUAAUCGAUAACAUUUGACAAUUAAAAAAUUGAUCGUGUCUCGAUAUCAAAGGAAAGGCGGGUUAUAACAAUAAAAAUAGACGAAUAGGAUUAAUAUAAAAUGUAUUAUAAUAAUCGUAUAUUUUAAGUAUAUAAGUGGAAACAGAUUGGAAUCCCUUUUUUCUCGUUCUUAGGAAACAAGAAACAAAAAAAAAGAGAACCCUCUGUUUCUUUAGAAAAAAAAAACUAUUACAACAAGCGUUUCAAACGAAGACGAAAUCCGUGAUCCAUCUUUUUUGUAUUACUUCUUUUAUCCAUUUUUUUCUCGUUUUCCUUUUUUCUUAUUUCUUCAACAACAGAGAGAAAGGGAGGAAUAAAAAGA